AGACAUUACUUGGAUCAAUAUUUCAUGCACGGAAUGAUGACAUUAAAAAUUCAGUUAAUGGAAAUGAAUAUUUUUUUAAUCGUAAUGGCAAAGCAUUUUAUUAUAUAAUGGAAUUCUAUCGAACUGGAAAAUUUUUAUGGCCUACUGAAACUAAAACAUCACAACUUACUUAUCAACAGCUUAAAGAAGAACUCGAUUAUUUUCGAAUCAAUAAAUCGAAAGCACUUUCUUCAAUGGCAUCGGAAACUGUUAGAAUAAUUCGUAAUAAUGAUGAAUCAGAUGGUCGUCUUGGCGCAUUUAAAGAUUGUGCUUUUGAUAUCCUGAGUAAUAUUGGAGAACAGAUUGGAAAACGUUUAGUUGAAACUUUUUCUGAAUUAGAUCUAAAAUAUAAUUAUCAUAGAUUCAGUAAUUCAUUAAUUGACAUAGAGUUAAUUUUUUCUUCUCCGAUUGAAAAACUGCUAAAAUCUGAUAGUGAUCAAGCCCACAUUACAUUUACCCAAGUUCCAAUCAAAACAUCGGAAGAAAAAAUUAUUCUAAAUGUUGGUGGCAAAAAGCUAACAUGGCCCACUGAAACAGGACAAGUUACUCGUAGACAUCUUGAAGAAGAACUUGAUUAUUUCCAAAUUCCUUUUAAUAAGUCGACAGUAUCUGGUUCAUUGGCCUUAGACACUGUUAAGCAAAUGCUUAAUGACCUUAUUUUGACCUUUGAAGAAUUGGUCAUUCUUUGUUGUAAUUAUCUUAGAAAUAAUAUUCAGUUAGAAAUUAGUCGUGAUAAUGUUCAUAUAAUUGAUAAGAGACAUUAUGAUUAUUUAGGAGAUUUACGUAAAUUUUGUUUACCUAAAUUUACGGGCUCUUAUUAUUCUACUUUGGUUAAUAUGGAAAAACAUAUUGGAAAGCAUUUAGUUAAAACAUUUUCUGAUUUAAA